AUGUCUCAGUGCCAUGGGAACGUUUCGUCGGCGAACGAUCCACGGCAACCUUUGGCGGCUAAGCCUUAAACUCCACGGCCUGUUGCGCCGGAGGAUCUUCCGGUUGACUACUCUGGAUUCAUCGCCGUUAUCCUCGGCGUCUCUGGCGUUAUGUUCAGGUAUAAGAUCUGCUCGUGGCUUGCGAUUAUAUUCUGUGCGCAGUCCCUAGCCAACAUGAGGAACUUGGAGAAUGAUUUGAAGCAGAUCUCCAUGGCUAUGAUGUUUGCUGUAAUGGGAUUGGUCACAAACUACUUAGGGCCUAAUAGACCUGCAGCAAAGAAAUAAUCAUGAAUUACUCUUCGCCUUUUGAUAACAUUUUUUUUAUCUCAAACCUUGUUUGGUUCUUGAUUCCGCAAGUUAUAAAUUGAAUGAACAAAAAAUUUGAAGCCUAGUGAGAAUUUUUUUUUUUGCGUUU